AUGUCGAUGGAACAUAUGGCGCAACCGAUCCCCGAGUUGGGGGAGUUUAUAAUCGCCAAUAAGGACAAACUUCGCAAUACCGGCCAGGAGGCAGAAAUGAACAGACUGUUGACGGCGAUCAAAUUAGCAGCUAAAGUGGUCAACAGAGAAAUUAACAAAGCAGGAUUGGCAGACAUCCUCGGGGCGGCGGGCAACCAGAACGUGCAGGGUGAAGAACAGCAGAAACUUGAUGUUUUUGCUAACCAUAAAUUCAUCCAGGCUCUGGUUAAUAGAGAGGUGGUCUGCGGCAUCUGCACGGAAGAAGACGACGAUUUCAUCGAAGUUAAUAAAGACACGCAUUUUGUGAUGCUAAUGGACCCUCUCGAUGGCUCUUCUAACAUCGAUGUAAAUGUUUCGGUCGGGACGAUAUUUUCAAUUUAUCAGCGACUGUCGCCCGUGGGGUCCCCUGUUGAACGCCGUGACUUUCUGCAGCCCGGGCGCAAUCAAAUUGCUGCUGGAUAUGUGCUCUACGGCUCUUCUACGAUGCUGGUCAUAACGACGGGCGAUGGCGUGCACGGCUUCACGUUGGAUCCGUCACUAGGCACGUUCUUCCUUUCACACAGAAAUAUGCGUUACCCGGCGAAAGCUCGGAUCUACAGCGUGAACGAAGGGAACUAUAGAGCUUUCCCCGAGGGUAUUAAACAGUUUCUGGCAGAAUGUCACGAUGACGAGGCGGGUCCAUUUUCACUUCGAUACAUCGGCAGCCUCGUAUCAGACUUUCACCGAAAUUUGUUGCAGGGGGGUAUAUAUAUGUAUCCUCCAACAAAGAAAGACAAGAAGGGCAAGUUACGACUGUUAUACGAAGCAAACCCAAUGGCGUAUCUGGCAGAACAGGCGGGAGGGAGAGCAACAGAUGGCUUUGAUAGAAUUUUAGACAUUCAACCAAGUGAACUGCAUCAGAGAGUUCCUCUGAUGAUUGGCUCAGCAAAGCUCGUUGACAGGGUGGACCAACUAAUGCGUCAGCACAGCCCUGAUUGUCGCUUGCAUGCUAAUCAGUUAGCUCCAGCCAACUGA